CCGAUGAUAAGAACAACCACAUUUGUUUUGAUUCGCAGACUGUAUGCCCGCAGACUUUCGAAAUUUUUAAAUUCAAACAUGGCGACUGCCUCGGAGACGCUAGUUACGGUUUUUUACGGGGAAAUUUCCGUCUGCGACGCAGGCUAACGCAGACAGCAGUUCGGAAAAACACAUACUCAGACAAUCACAUCGCAGACGACGCAACUUCGAUCGACGUCAUUUCAAAUUGUGAAAUAAGGCUACCGCUGCACACCAGUGUUGGUAGUGUUUCUAAGAUUUCCAAAAUCAAUUCCUUUAUUGCUGCACACAGUUCCAAUGUCACGCACUGUUUGCUGCUUAAUAACUGGAAUUCAAACCGUUAUAUGCCGCUAUUAAAGCAAGUAAGUAAAAGGACUUCCGAUGUGAAGCUUUCCUGUCGUGUCACAGAUCCCAGAAGAGAUCAAAUGUCUUGACUUCAAUUUGAACAAAUACAAGCAGCUAUAAGCUCUACAGUUCUCCUUGCGUCACACAAUAUACGUCCGCCGCAGACCGCCAAAGUAACGUAACUUGUGUGCCUGCAAGUCGAGUGCUUGUCAGUUAAAUUUAUAGGCCUUUACUUUUUCUUGGCGACUCCCUUAAUAUCUAAAGAAAUAUUAUAUAUGAAAGUCUUCCUGGAAAUUGAAAUUUGCCUCCGAAACAUCGGAGAAACGAGAAAACGUCGCCAUUGUGUGGACGACCUCCAGGCACUGCGGGCAUUGCACAUGAUUGACUGAUAGUGUACGAUGGCACAGCCAAUCGAAUUCCAGAAUUUACAUAAGUAGUAUACUUGUAGAAUCCUACUAAUAACUUUUAGUAUACACCAUGUGUACCAUACAAGUGAAUAGUGCUUUCCGCGCAUUCUGAUUGGCUAGCUCGGAGGCAGGAAUAACUGAGCAAACGGAGAAGAACAAAAUGGCAUCCCGUUUCGCUUCGGCUAACGAGGAGCAAAUUUUGUCCAUAAACGAGGCAGCUGUUCGGAAAAAUACAAAAUUAGAUGGCAAAAAUUUGGUUAAACCCUGAUUAAUGCUAACACAAUGGCUGUCGCAGACGUCCCUGAUCAUCAGGAUGGUAAAAUAAAUGAAAGUGAAAGUGAACAUGAAGAUGAAAAGUGUAACCUUUGCAAUGUAAUCACCAGUUGCUGUCGGCCAUGUCGGCGUCUUAUCAAAAACAUCGCUGAUGAUCGACCAGACAUUACAGAAGGAGAUGAGGUCGCUAGAUUCUGGAAUGAGAGAGCAAAGUGCAGUCGAUUUUCUCUGCUUUUCCCAUCUGUCACGGCUCUGUUAUUUGUUGCCGAUGUUGGUAUGGAUUGUGAGAUAGCAGCAACACAUUACAGCAGAGGAGAUUAUAAAUGGGCUGCCUACACACUGACUGUGAUUGUGUUCUCAUUGAUUAUAACUGAUGCCCUGUCAGCCAUAUUUUUCCUUGACGAUCAAAAAGACCAAGGAAAAACAGAGUGGCUCGGGAGAAACGACUUAGAAGUUAAACCCUGGUUCUAUGCGUUCCAUUUUAUUUGUUGUGGUCGUCUUAUAAGGUGCUUCCAGAUCUUUAGGACCGUGCGUUUUAUACGAAAAAUCCAAAGCCGUGAUCCACGUAAUACGGAGCUGUAUCGCCUGUAUAUCUCUCAGCUGCAAGACUCGAGUACAUUGGGUGUCGUGGAAGCGUUUACUGAAGAGGCGCCCCAGGUCGCUCUUCAGCUGUACGUUCUUUUUCAGAAAGGUACCAUGGAUUGGACGUCAUUCGCCGACUUGUUUGUGGCAAUAAACAUCAUUAAGUCUUUGGCUCUGUUCGCUUUCAGUUUAUUAAGUUUUUGUAGAUUCCUUCGCCUCGGAAAUGAACAAAGCCAGCUGUUGGAGUUUUUUAGCUUGGCCUCUGUCUUCCAUUUCUCUUGGCGCUUAUUUAUGCUUGUUUCCAGGAUACUGGCUUUAGUUCUGUUUGCUUCUAAUUUCCAGCACUUUGUUUUUGUAGUCGUUGGUAUCCAUUUGUUGUUUUCAUACUUUCUGUUGCGCGGACAGCCAGAUAAUUACUUCGAAGAAGGAUCAUUGAGAGAUAUAUUGCUUAGAUGUGCCUUUAUUUGCAUCAACGUGUUUUGUUUUUUCCCUUUGGAGGGCGAGCGUACACGAAAUUGGGGAAUUCCAUAUUACCUGGUGACUUUCAUUGAGAACUCCAUUAUGAUUCUGUUGUGGUAUUUCCUCAGUGAUUUUGAUAAAGUGUUCAAGAUGAUCAUGCUAAUAACUGAGUGGGGUGCGUUUCUGCUUGGUCUUGUAUCGGUGUUGCUUUAUUACGGUGUUUUUCAUCCGUCAUUAAAAGUUCGUAAGAACAAGGAAAUAGCUGACGUAGCGGAUGCACAGAACAUUUCAUUAAUGCAGUUUGAAAGUGGUGUUUAGCGUUGAAACAACACUUCAUAUAGACAGUAUUCUCAAGGUAUUCUCCAUCAAGUUAUUUUAGAUAUGACACCCAGUUCUUCGCGGAUAUUUUUUUUUGUGGAGGAUGAAAGUGCGUGUAAAGCCGCACAGGCGAGUCGCGCGCCUCGUCACAGGAUUGGUUAUUUCUUGACCCUCCUGGGAAUUCCAAAACCGAUAGUGACCUAAAAAUAACUUGGGAGGGAAAACUUGAAAAGGAGGACUGUAUGGGGGAUUCACUCUAUGACCCCUCAUCUUCUCUUGGUAAGACGCAAUUUGAAAUGAGCUCUGAUCAUAGAUGAUAAAAAAUUGACUUUAUGCAGCAAAUUUCUUAAAAGCAAAUAGCUAGUUUGACUAUUUUUUGUUAAGGUAAACCAACCUGUAAAUAGAGUAAAAAGCAGAGUAAAAGAUAAACUGAAGAUA